UUCUAUUUCACUCUGUUUAUUAUUUUCUGUUAGAGCCCGUAUUUUAAUGUUAGUUAAAAACAAGAACAGUAGAGUAAUAUGGCGAAGCGUGUAUUAGGUAUAAACAAGAAAGCUUCAUACGAUUGGUUCUAUGUUGGGGAAGUUGGAUGAUAACACCAAAUAAGCAUUGUUUAAUAUGAAAUAGAUGGAGAAAAGGUCAACUUGGACUCAUUCAAUGACUGGCAGGCAAGAGAUAGUGUCAAAAAUCACAAAGCCGGCAUCAUCCGAACCUUUCUUUUCAUUAUUCAAGAACUUGGUUUCUCAGAAGUUUUAGAAUCUGAUUAGUAUUUUGGAAAAUGGGUUCAAGAAUUUUUGUGUGCUUGCUUCUAUUUUCCUCUCAAAUUCUGGCGACACUGGCACUAGCAGACAGUGAUGAUACUGCUGCUCUAAAUGCCAUCAAAUCUAGCUGGAGUAACUGGCCCCCAGACUGGAAAGAGUCAGAUCCUUGUGGUUGGGAAGGGAUUAAUUGCACUGAUUCACGCGUAACCUCCAUAAUGUUGGCAGGCACAGGGGUGGAAGGUAGUGACUUCAGUGACAUUUCAGCAUUGACGGAGUUGCAAUUUUUGGAUCUUUCUAACAACAUUGGACUUAAAGGGAUUCUUCCAGCAUCAAUUGGGAAGUUGAAGAAACUGACUACCUUGAUUUUGGUUGGUUGUAGCUUUUAUGGUCCCAUUCCAGAUGCAAUAGGAUCUCUAGAUCGACUGACAUUUUUAGCUUUGAAUAAUAAUAAUAGAGCGAGCCCGUAUUUUAAUGUUAGUUAA